GCAUAAAUGAGCAAACAAAAGAAGAGAAUAAUCAACUUCUGGACGCUGUUUUCAAGAAACAUCGAGUUGUGUUACACAGAACAGAUGUUGAUGAUGAACGUCAUCUCCAUGAGCGGGAGGAAGAACCACCACCCUUCUGCAUAAAAGAGGAAGAAGAGGUACCACAGCCCCCAAACAUUAAAAACGAAGAGGGGGUACCACAGCCCCCAAACAUUAAAAAUGAAGAGGGGGUACCACAGCUCCCAAACAUUAAAAAUGAAGAGGGGGUACCACAGCCCCCAAACAUUAAAAAUGAAGAGGAGGUACCACAGCCCCACAUUAAAGAGGAAGCGGAGGAACACAACAUCAGUCAGGAGGGCGAGCAUCUUGAAGGACUGGUGGAGUUCCCAGUGACUGGUGUCCCUGUGAAGAGUAAAGAGGAUGAGGUCGAAGGUGAAAGUGAGGAGAAGAGAGAGGCGGAGCCUCCAAGCAGCAGCUCAACACAACACAUGACAACAGAAGCUGAUGGAGACCACUGUGGAGGAUCACAAGCAGACCAGCUCGUAGCUCCACUAUCAGAUAGUGAGGACACAACGUCACACUCUUCUGACACUGAUGAUGAAGACUCUACAGAUGAUAAGACAUGGGACCCUGACAACACUGACUGGAAAUGUUCUCACUGUGACAAAAGUUUUGGCCUCAAAAAGUCUCUAAAUAGACACAUGAAAAAUCACACUGGAGAGAAACCAUUUCCGUGCUCGGCGUGUAAUCAAGUAUUCAGCGUAAAAGCGGACCUGAUAAAACACGCAAGAAUACACACUCAAGAUAAAUAUUUUUUUUGUUCAGUGUGUGGCGAAUCUUUCACACGGCGUGAAAGUUUGAAAAGACACAUGAGAAGACACCCUGAAGUGAAACUAUUUUUCUGUUCGGUGUGCGGGGCAGGUUUUGUUAAAAAGGACAGUUUGAAUAAACAUAUGAAAACACACACGGGAGAAAAACCUUUUUCCUGCGCAACCUGCGGCAUGUGUUUUUCAAGGAAGGACAGUUUGAGAGAGCACACAAGAAAACACACCGGAGAAAAACCUUUUCCCUGCUCAACCUGUGGCUUAUGCUUUUCCAGGAGGGACCGAUUGAAAGAGCACACAAGAACGCACACUGGAGAAAAACCUUUUUCCUGUUCUGUGUGUGAUUCAAAUUUUGGCCGAAGUGAUUAUUUGAAAAUCCACAUGAGAAUGCACACUGGAGAAAAACCUUUCUCCUGUACAACCUGUGGUUUAGGUUUUACAAGGAAGAGCCGUUUGAAUUAUCACACGAGAAUACACACUGGGGGGAAAGUGCUGAGUUGCAGUGUGUGUGAUGAAAAAUUCUCUCAUGAGUACCAACUCAGCAAACACAAGUGUGCUGGUGAAAACAGCGGCAGUAAAAUAGAAAAGCGCUCCGCAGACCUCCACCAGGAUCCGGAUGUUGAUCAGGAUCAACACCGAAAUACGUCGAUGAUGAGCAGGAGGAAGAACCACCACUCUUCUGCAUAAACAAUGAAGAGGAGGUACCACAUCCCCCAAACAUUAACAAUGAAGAGGAGGUACCACAGCCCCAAUAUAUUAAAGAAGAAGAAGAGGAACACAACAUCAGUCAGGAGGGCGAGCAUAUUGAAGGACUGGUGGGGUUCCCAGUGACUGGUGUCCCUGUGAAGAGUGAAGACGAUGAGGUCGAAGGUGAAAGUGAGGAGAAGAGAGAGGCGGAGCCUCCAAGCAGCAGCUCAACACAACACAUGACAACAGAAGCUGAUGGAGACCACUGUGGAGGAUCACAAGCAGACCAGCUCGUAGCUCCACUAUCAGAUAGUGAGGACACAAUGUCACACUCUCCUGACACUGAUGAUGAAGACUCUACAGAUGAUAAGACAUGGGACCCUGACAACACUCACUUGAAAUGUUCUCACUGUGACAAAAGUUUUGGCCUCAAAAAGUCUCUAAAUAGACACAUGAAAAAUCACACUGGAGAGAAACCAUUUCUGUGCUUGGCGUGUAAUCAAGUAUUCAGCAUAAAAGCAGACCUGAUAAAACACGCAAGAAUACACACUCAAGAGAAACCUUUUUGUUGUUCAGUGUGUGACGAAUCUUUCACACGGAGUGAAAGUUUGAAAAGACACAUGAGAAGACACCCUGGAGUGAAACGAUUUUUCUGUUCGGUGUGUGGGGCAGGUUUCGUUAAAAAGGACAGUUUGAAUAAACAUAUGACAACACACACGGGAGAAAAACCGUUUCCCUGCGCAACCUGUGGCAUGUGUUUUUCAAGGAAGGACCGAUUGAAAGAGCACACAAGAAGACACACCGGAGAAAAACCUUUUCCCUGCUCAAUCUGUGGUUUAUGUUUUUUCAGGAGGGACCGAUUGAAAGAGCACACAAGAACGCACACUGGAGAAAAACCUUUUUCCUGUUCUGUGUGUAAUUCAAAUUUUGGCCGAGGUGAUUAUUUGAAAAACCACAUGAGAAUGCACACUGGAGAAAAACCUUUCUCCUGUACAACCUGUGGUUUAUGUUUUACAAGGAAGAGCAGUUUGAAUCAUCACACGAGAAUACACACUGGGGGGAAAGUGUUGAGUUGCAGUGUGUGUGAUAAAAAAUUCUCUCAUGAGUACCAACUCAGCAAACACAAGUGUGCUGGUGAGAACAGCGGCAGUAAAAUAGAAAAGCGCUCCGCAGACCUCCACCAGGAUCCGGAUGUUGAUCAGGACCAACACCGAAAUGUAAUCACUUGUUCCUUAUCCCAUUUCUGACAUGUCCUGAAAGUUGCACUGAUGUCCAACCAGACUUUUGUUUUAUUUUGUUAUGAUGCAAACUACCUGCCUGACUAUCAAACAUAGUUAUUUUUAUUUACUUUUCAAUUACUUCAAUGGCAAACAUGAAAAUAUGUUUCUUAGUUACACAUCCUGGAAAACAACAUCCACACCACAGUUUAUAUUUAUUAGACUUAGACUUCCUUUUAUUGUCAUUCAAAUUUGAACUUUACAGCACAGAUAAGAACGCAGUUUGGUUGCAUUAGCUUGUGGUAGUGCAGGAUAAAAGAGCAAUAAGGUGCAGAUAUAAAUAAAUAGAUUACUGUACAGAUAAAUAUAUUGCACUUUUGCAUAUGCAUCCACGUUUAUGGAUGUAUGUUAUAUUGUCUUUAUAUUCCAGCGAGUUAAUCCAUUUUGGGGGUUAAUUAUGCACACCUUUUUGUCACGGCCCGGGCGCCCUCAUCUGUGUGCUCUGCUGAUUGCGCCUCCAAGAGCGCACCUGCGCGUGUCAGUCCUGCUGCAGCCGGCAGCUGCAGUCAAUCUCCGGCAAUCGGCACACCUGAAGUUGAUCAGAGGUCCUGCCUUCAAAAGCCUGCACAACCUGCUACUCCGGGCCGGAACGUAGUCUUCUGUUCGAGUACACUACCCCUUCGUUCCCGAGUUUCGAGCUGUGCGCCUCGUCUCACCCCGCGUUUCCUCUGCUUCCCUGACUGUCUCUCAGAUCUCGACCUCCCGCUUGGACACGGACCUUCUUCGCCCCGCUAUAGCGCCCCGACUUCCUGCCUGCUCACGGACCUCCGAGCUCUGCCUUGUCCCUCCUGAUCUUCCGCCUCUCGCUCAACACUACCGGUCACACUCAACAGCUAAUCUCCACACAUAGUCACACACCAUACACACUUUGGAUCUAGUCACACUCCAUUCUCUCGUUCAUUUUGAUUAUUGCUUGUUAUUAUAUACGUAUAUAGUCUGUGUAUAUAUAUAUAUAAUACAUCAUAGAGUUAAAUACUACGCCCCCUUGUGGUCUGUGCCGUAUACUCCCCCGUACACAACACUUUUGUACGAUAGACAUUUUUGUUUGUACUAGCAAUUUUAAACCAGCGCUGUAUCCUUUGCAUGUGACCUUGUAGAAUAAGAUAUCUGUUUUUCAUGAAUAAUGCUCUGAAUCUUUGAGACAGCACACCUGUUCCAAGUUGCCAGUCAGGCUUCUUUUUAUGCCAGCCCCGCCCUUUUGUCAGUGCUGGAUCAUUGCUUGCCCUUGCUUAGUGAUCGUUGUUUCGCUUGUGCUUGUAAUGGCAAGUUUCCUAUACACUUCCCAGCUGCACUAUUUCUACCUUGUUUUUAAGUAUUGACUUUGUUGACGUAAAGUAAAGUGAACCACCGCACGUAACCAUAACAAUGUACAGUAUUAACCUUAGAGACUGGACUUCUACGGUAUCUCCUUCCAGCUGUUUCUUUGUCAUACACACCAUCAGCAGCUUGUACAUACUUUCAUGGAUACGUGUUUGCCUUUUAGACGUUGUUUUAACAUUAUCUGCUAUGUCAGGACAAUAAAACUUGUAAUGUUGUGUUCGUAAGUCUUGAGUAAGAUGAUAAAAGUGAUAUUAGACAAUCAGACACUGUUAUUAUGCUAAUAGGCUAUGUUAUUCUUAAAUGAUCUAUUAAAUUUAAUUUCAUGGCAAGCAUAUAUAUAUAUAUACAUACUAGGGGUGUGGGAAACAAUCGAUUCGAAUUCGAAUCGCGAUUCUCACGCUGUGCGAUUCAGAAUCGAUUCUCAUUUUUAAAAAAUCGAUUGUUUUAUUUUUUAUUAUUUAUAAUUUUUAUUUUAUUUUAUUUUAUUUUUUAA